ACUUCAAAACGUACGUCUUUAAUUACCCCGUGUGUGGAUCCAGUCGAAAAAUAUGGCGGCGUUUCUCAGGCAUGGCGCUUUCAAAACAGGACAGCAUUUAACUCCAGAACACGUCCUUAUGAGGUCGUACGCUACGAAAGCUGAGAAGAAGAAGGGAAUCGACAGAAAAGUUGGUCCAAAAAUAGAUUCCACAGCUCGAUCUUUAGCCGCUAAAGGAUUUCUUCGACCACAAAAAUCCUACACGCCUUCAGGAGAUGUUGACGGUAGACUGAAUAGUAUUUUCCACUCUGUCCUGGGAACAUCAAGUAACUCUACGAAAUUGACAGAUCUGAAUCAAAAGUUUGCGCUGUUGUGUAAAUGUGAAGAAGCGCUCGGUCAUGGUGUACCCAAUUCAAUGCUGCAUCAUUUGGAGACCCUGAAAGAUGUUAGAAAUUUCUUUGCAACUCCAGUAGAUACGACAACGCCUUAUGACAAAUUGAGGAAUAUUGAGCUGCCGGAAAAUCUCAGUGUUCAGUUUGAAUACCACAGAUUCCAUCCAGAAACCGAUACUGCAUUUGGAGGUGUGACAGCUUUCCCUGAGAGUUCAACCAUAGUUACUGGGCUAAGAUACAAGGACAAAUAUCCUGGAUAUAAAGUGUCUGAAUAAUUUAUUUGAAGUAUAAAUUCAAGCAAUUACAUGUUAGGAUUCCAUUGGUUACUUUUUAA